AUGAUUAUCGGGUUCCACGUUGGAACAGUCUCGGAUCGUGAUCGUGAGUUGAAUCAACAGCUUCGUGACUACUUCACACUGGAGGAUGCUGGAGUUGCUGAGGCGCAUCAAGUUCAUGAGUCGAAGGACGAGCAACGUGCAAUACAACUGCUACGAGAGACAACACGACGCACAGCAGAUGGAUCGAAAUUCGAAACCGGUCUGCUAUGGAGUACUGAUGAACCAAACUUUCCAGACAGUUACCCCAUGGCCGUCCGUCGUCUGGAGUCUCUAGAACGUCGUCUUCAACGAGAUCCAGAACUGAAGGAGCGCGUACAUGAACAGAUCUCGGAUUACGAAAGCAAAGGAUAUGCACAUCGAGCGAGCUUGGCCGAAUUGACUUCUGUUGAGGCUAACCGUGUGUGGUAUCUUCCUCUAGGCGUCGUGACAAACCCUCGGAAGCCCGGUAAAGUACGCCUAAUCUGGGAUGCGGCAGCUAAAGUGGGUGGAGUCUCAUUCAACUCCCGACUCCUGAAGGGACCUGACCUACUGGCGCCACUUGCAAUGGUCUUAUGUCAGUUCCGCCAAUACCCUGUGGCUGUAAGUGGUGACGUCAUGGAAAUGUUCCACCAGAUUAAAAUUCAUUCUCCUGAUUGUCAAUCACAACGCUUCAUAUUCCGAAAUCGACCAGUAGAUCAACCUCAAGUUUACGUCAUGGACGUAGCCACAUUUGGAUCAUCCUGCUCCCCGGCGUCAGCGCAGUACGUCAAAAAUCUCAACGCAGAUGAGUUCGCCAGUGAGUAUCCGAGAGCCGCAGUAGCCAUCAAGAACAAACAUUAUGUUGAUGACUACUUGGACAGCUUCGAGACCACCGACGAAGCGAUUGCGGUGGCGAAUGAAGUGAAACUUGUACACUCCAGAGGAGGUUUCACUCUUCGCAGCUUCUUAUCCAACGAACCUGAAGUUCUGCAAGGAGUAGGAGAAACAAUUACGGAGAAAGAACCCAAAAACCUACAUUUGGAACGUGAUGGGAAAUGCGAGUCGGUGCUAGGGAUGAAGUGGAUUCCGCAUGAUGACGUGUUCAUCUACGCCUUCGGUACGCGAGAGGAUCUACAGCACAUUUUGGAAAAUGGUCACAUCCCAACUAAACGCGAGGUAGUCAGAGUGGUCAUGAGCCUAUUUGAUCCGCUAGGUCUCAUCGCUUUCCUACUCAUUCACGGCAAAAUAUUUAUCCAAGAAUUAUGGGCAGCAGGGAUAGAGUGGUAUCAAGAAUUUCCACACGAUCUCAACGAACGCUGGCGACAAUGGGUGGCUUUACUCCAACAAUUAGACUCACUCCGCAUACCACGAUGCUACUUCCGCUCAACGAAGGACUACUCUCAUUUACAAAUCCACCUAUUCGUGGAUGCAAGCGAAUCCGCAUAUUCUUACGUGGUAUACUUUCGCUUGGAAAACGACGACACAACACAGGUGAAACUCGUCGGUGCCAAAACAAAAGUAGCACCGCUGAAGACGCUCUCCAUACCUCGACUCGAACUAAAGGCAGCAGUUUUGGGCGCUCGAUUUAUGGAAACUGUUCAAAAACAGCACACGUACACAGUAAGUCAACGGUUCUGCUGGAGUGAUGCCAGUACCGUUCUAGCGUGGGUACGCUCCACCGAUCAUCGGCGCUACCACAAAUUCGUAGCCGUUCGAAUAGGAGAGAUUCUUUCUUCUACGCAACAGUCAGAAUGGCGGUGGGUGCCAUCCAAGCAAAACAUUGCGGAUUUUGCUACCAAGUGGAGGAAUGGUAUGCCUGUGACAAUCGACAACCCCUGGUUCCAGAGACCGGCCUUCCUCUACGAGCCAGAAGAACGUUGGCAUAAGCAGCGAACAAUCGUCCCAACAGAAGAAGAGCUUCGGCCAACUCGUUUCCACGCCACCCACUUCGCUCCGAACAUGGUAUUCGAGAGGUUCAAUAGAUGGACCAAAAUGCAUAGAGUAGCCGCAUAUGUUUUCCGAGGCAUCGAAAAUUUUCGCAGGUGUCGAUCGAAGGAUAAACUUGAACUCGGAAACCUUACCAGCGAAGAACUUCGACGGGCCGAGGAAGAACUGCUGAAAACCGCUCAAACCGUGUAUUACACGGACGAAAUCAACAAACUCGUCAAGACUCAAGGGUCACCAGAGAAUCACCACGUCACCGUAGACAAAUCCAGCCCUAUCUACACCAAGUGUCCAUUCCUGGAUGAGAACGGCGUUCUGCGUAGCCGUGGUCGAAUUGGUGCUGCACCGUAUGCACCGACCGAAGCUAAGUUUCCGAUCAUUCUUCCCAACCAACAUUUAAUCACUUUCCUCAUUGUAGACUGGUAUCAUCGCCGCUUCCGUCAUGCCAACCGAGAGACCAUCUUCAAUCAAAUCCGCCAGCGCUUCGAAAUACCUGCCCUAAGACGACUGUUGGAUAAAGUUGAACGCUCAUGUACUUUCUGCAGGGUAACCAAGGCGAUGCCAAGAUCUUCAGCGAUGGCUCCGCUUCCCGAGAUGCGUCUGACAGCAUUCACUCAACCCUUUACGUUCACCGGGUUGGACUAUUUCGGUCCGAUGCUUGUGAAGGUUGGCACGAGCAACGUAAAACGCUGGGUGGCUCUAUUCACAUGCCUGACGAUUAGAGCGAUACAUAUGGAGAUUGUGCACUCGCUAAGCACCGAAUCUUGUAUUAUGGCAGUACAACGCUUCGUCGCACGCAGAGGCCUUCCCAGAGAAUUUUGGACUGAUAAUGCUACCUGCUUCCAAGGUACCAGCAAUGAACUGAAAGCACAUAGGGUGCAAGUAACAAAGCUCUAUCUGAGAAGUUCACUACAACAAGCACCACCUGGAAGUUCAUCCCCCAAGCUGCUCCACACAUGGGUGGAGCGUGGGAGAGACUCGUUCGAUCGGUGA